GGUUCAUCGUUAUAAGAACAAAAAAUAUAUGCACACUCUUAAGACAUUGUUGUACUCUACCUUCAAGAGAUUAAAAAGGCUUAUUUGUUUCGAUCUUUUGAGUUCGCUUCUUCUUGGUCUUAUACUUAGUGCUUCAUCUUCAAGCUUUCUUCUUCGGUACCUAUAUCCGUUACUCGAUUCUCUUUUAGCAUUCCUUUUCCAUCAACGUUCAAACAAAACCCACACAUAUCUCUCUCCGACUGUAAUGUAUAUGAUCACAUUUUAGGAGAGAGAGAGAGAGAGAGAGAGAGAGAGAGAGAGAGAGAGAGAGAGAGAGAGAGAGAGAGAGAGAGAGAUGGCACUAGAGACAAUAGUAUAUUCACAAGGGCAAAUUGGUAAUGUUGGGUACAAUUAUGUUUUCCAGGAAGAUCAUAUUUUCGGUGGGUUUUUGGAGGGUACCAAUCAUACUAAUCAUCAUCAAGAAUCAGCAAGUGUCCAGGAAUAUUGGGGAGAUUACUCUUCAUCUUCUUCAGCAAUGCAUAUUAAGGACCAAUGGGAUCCUAAAUCUUCACCGGACGAUUGUACUGGCGGUGGCGAAUGCGACAGAUAUUUUCUUGGGGAACUAUUUUCACCUGACAGCCACAGGGACAUGAAGGUGGAAUCAUCACCAACUGCCACAGUGGCAACCACCACGGCCACGGCGGCUGGUCGGAGGAAGCGGAGGCGCACCAAGAGUGGUAAGAAUAAAGAGGACUUAGAGAAUCAAAGGAUGACUCAUAUUACCGUGGAGCGCAACCGCCGGAAACAGAUGAAUGAAUAUCUAGCCGUGAUCCGUUCAAUGAUGCCAUCUUCUUAUGCUCAAAGGGGUGAUCAGGCAUCAAUAGUUGCAGGAGCCAUAAACUUUGUGAAACAAUUAGAGCAUCAAGUACAAACGCUGGAGGUUAAGAAAAGCGCGAAUCUUAAUGGCUAUUCUCCACCGUCACAGCCCUUUAAGGAAUUCUUUACAUUCCCACAAUACUCUAUUGGCCGGGCUAUUUAUGAUGAUGGUGGUGGUGGAGGUGGUGGUUCAGCCACCAAGACCAAAAACCGGCCACCUGCUAUGGCUGAAAUCGAAGUGGCAAUGGUGGAAAGCCAUGCAAACCUUAAGAUACUUUCCAAGAAACGGAAGAGACAGCUCUUGAAGAUGGUAGCUGGUCUACAGUGUUUAUGGUUAACUAUUCUUCACCUUAAUGUUACCACAGUUGAGCAAAUGGUUCUCUACACUCUUAGUGUCAAGCUUGAAGAUGGAUGCCAACUGAGUACAGUAGAUGAGAUUGCAGAUGCUGUUAAUUUCUUGUUGUGCAGAAUUGAAGAAGAGUCGCUUUGUUCUAAUUAGUUAAGUUCAAGAAACUCGAUGUUUUUAUGGUAUUAUGGGUUUUAAUUGUAAUCUAUAAAGUUAAUUAUUCUCAUCUACUUUUUUUAGUUGUUCAUUUUUUAUUACAUUUUUGUGGUUUGGAGACAAGUGUAGUUACCUGAAUGAUGUCCACCCUUUUAACAA